GAAGCGAGAGCAGGCAGAGAUGGAGGCAGCUGAGGACUGACUCUCUAAAGCAUCUACGUCAGAAAAAGACACUCUCCACAUCAGACACAAAGGCACCUGGCUUUGGCUUAUUGCAUCUCCUCCUUCGUUCCAGUUCUUCUCCAUCUUGCCACCAAACUCGAGAGUAAACACAUCUACGCACAAACAGGAACUGCAUCCUGUUUUCAGUCUUUUUCUUGACACCACACCCUUUAGGGAUGCUUUUAUGAGCUCAAGCUACAGGUAAUCGUCUUUGAUUGAAAAGACUUGAAGAUGAAGAAAAUCUGGUCCAAGAAGAGAUUUCAGAGAACGGGGCAUUCCACUUGGACAUUUGGCAGACUGGCCCAUGUUUUCCGCUCCUGCCGAAAACAAAGCUAUGACUCUGAGACCACUGAGGAUGAGACUACCGAACCUCAGAUGGAAACCAAACAAGGGCCUGGGAAGCACCAAGAAAAAGCCGGACGAAAAGGCCCUUCAGGCGAGGGAGGGAGGAUGAUGGACUACAACCCAGACGCUGCAAAUCGCAGGGCCACUCUCCCCGGCACCUAUGACCCGGUGGUGGAACGAGAGCUCCGUGCUCUGGGUUCUCGUCCUCCGGGGUCACAUUUGGACCCAGCCAGGACUCAAACUGCUCCUGAGUCACGGGAUAUCUACUCCAGUGCCCCGACGCCAUCUCCCCAAUCGCCUUUUAGCACAGACAAAAACAGCAUCAGUGCUCCAAAACAAGAGCCCGAUGACGCCAAAUUGUUGGACCUUCAAGCUCCUAAGCCUGUCCAGGCAUCCCGUGUUGACGAUGUCAUCAAGACACCCAAACUAGCCCGUGCAGGAUCCAAGAUAUUUGACAAGGUCCGGGCUUUUGAGGAGCGAAGGAGGAGUGUGGAUCUUCCAGCUUCCAAUAACUCUGAUGAUGGUGUAAAGAAGACUAGAGGCCCAAGAAAGGAGGAGGGACAGAUCCAGCAGAGGAGAGCUGCAUUCCAGCAUCGAGCGUCCUCAUUGGAGGACAAAACGAGCUACUCCCAGAAGGUUCAGGGCUACCAGAACAAGUUUACAGAAGAGCUCCAGAGGAUUAAGAAACUUGUGGGGAAGUCGAGCCUAAAGAAAGCGUUUUCCACUGAGCAGCUGUGUCAGAAAGACAGGCCUAUCGCUGGGAAGGUAGAGCCCAUUCCUCAGCGGGUGAUUCAAAGGCUGGAGGCAAGGGAACGAGCCCUGGAGGAGGGAGACGCUGGGGGGAGAGGAGGAGACGGCAAAGUGCAGACUUUACUACAGGCGCAAAGCAGAAGUUCAGAGGAUCGUAGAAACAGGUCUGAACAGGAGAAUAUGACACAGACAGUGGAUGGCUCAUCGUGGGGAAGCAUAGGAAAGAGCUCUGUUACCAUGGAAACGGCACCGGUUCACCAGUUACCAGGACAACCACUUCCAACAGCCAUAAGGAAAAGCCCAAUAAGAAAACUGGGAGCAGAUUCAAAAAGAGACACUAAGGUGGACGAUAAAUCUGAUCACAGAUCAGCCAGCCCAUUUGGGAAGAGAACAUCUCCAAUAACUUUGAGGGAACCAGGGUUCCUGUGUGCACACAAACCCACCCACCUGACCCCGUUGCCUGCUCCUUCACUCAGCCCCAUGUCUAAGAAGAGGAGGGCGAAGGCGGUGCAAAAAUCUCCAGCCUUGAAAGUGAAUGCCAAAGACGAGCCUGUGGAUCAGGAGCACAUGAAGAGUAGUGCUCGUAAAAGCAAGAAAGGCCAUUCAGCACAUGUCAUGUCUCCAAAGGAAGGCUGUUCUUUUGAUGACUGGUCUGCUGACGAGGAGCCCACAGAGGGUCCCAGGUUUGAGAAGCCCCUCCAGGACAUUACGGCGUCAUGUGGCCUUCAGGUCACGCUAACAUGCGUCAUCACUGGUAGACCGGCACCUACAGUGACAUGGAGGAAGAAUAAUGUGGAGCUGCGGAGCGACGCCUUCUACGUUGUUAAGUCUGAGGGAGAGGAGCACAGCCUGGUGAUAAAUGAGAUGAGGCCCCACAACGCUGGGUUGUACUGCGUUACAGCUGUCAACACGGUGGGCAGUGCCACAUGCAGCGCCACCCUCUACGUCCAAUCAGAGCCAGCUCACACGCAUUGUAGAGAGCCGUCUGUAUCCCUGGAAGUCAGUGGUCCGGUCCAAUCAGAUGAGGAAGAUCGCAGCCCUCAGGAGGAGGUCAUGGAGGUGGCAGACUUAACAUAUUUGAAGCCAAGUGUUUACUUUAAAGAACCUCCUUCAUUCCAGGUGGCGCCGUGUGACCAGGCUGUACCUGAGGGUCAAGAUGUUGUCUUAGCAGUAAAAGUCAGAGGGCAGCCCAAACCCAAGGUGUUGUGGCUGAAGGACGGAGUCACAGUGAGGACAGCAGGGCGUGUCGUCGUGCGGGAGCUUGAAGAUGGAUUAUUUGAAAUAAGGGUGGGCUCAGCUCAGAAGGCGGAUGCGGGGCUUUAUACCUGUAAGCUCAUCAGCGAGAGUGGAACCAAGCAGGCGGAGUGCAGAGUGGAGGUCAGAGCGGCAGAACACACAGGACUUAAAAUCACCAGAGGGGUGAAAGACGUGGUGGUAAAAGCCGGAGAAUCGGCCAUGUUUGAGUGUCACAUUUUGGGGCCUUCGGAAGUGGAUGUUGAUUGGCUGUCCAAUGGGAAGCUCAUCCAGCCAGCGCUGCUCAACUGCAAGAUGCACUUUGAUGGAAAGAGGUGCCACCUCAUGCUGAAUUCAGUCCAUGAGGAUGACAGUGGAAUGUACACUUGCAAGCUGAGCACUGCCACAGAGGAGCUGACUUCAAGUGCAAACCUGAGAGUCACUCCUUCCAGGGAGCCCCUGUUCACUCGUAAACUGGACAUCCUGGAAGUGAUCGAAGGACGCACUGCACGGUUCGACUGUAAGGUGAGCGGAUCACCUGCUCCGAGACUCACAUGGAUGCACUUUGAGACACGAGUGGAGGAGAGCGAUAAUGUUCGCAUUUUUCAAGAGGGGGGUCGUCACUCACUUGUCAUCGCCCACGUUAGCAGCGACACAGAAGGCUUUUACACAGCAAUCGCUCAGAACGUUAAUGGAAGGUCUGAAUGUACUGCUGAGCUGUAUGUCCAAGAACCCAGAGCUGCAAUCUCUUCUCACAUGGCCAAGUUAGAGAAGAUGCCAUCCAUCCCCGAGGAACCUGAAGUUCUUGAAAAUGAGUUGGAGAGGAGGACCAUGCCAGACUUUAUCAAACCUCUGGCUGAUAUGGAGGUGAUCGAAGGGAAGGAAGCAGUGCUGAAAUGCAAAGUGGAAGGCUUUCCGUACCCAACCAUCUCCUGGUACCAUAAUGGAAAACGUAUCGAAAGUAGCGAGGAGCGCACAAUGACUCAGUACAGGGAUGUCCACAGUCUGGUCAUUAAAAGUACGUGUCACACUCAUGGUGGCGUCUACAAGGCUGUAAUCUCAAACAAAGUGGGCAAAUCAGCCUGCUAUGCUCACCUCUAUGUAACAGACAUUGUUCCAGACCCUCCUGAUGGUCCCCCCGUCAUCGAGGCCAUCACAGGGAAAACUAUAACCCUUAGCUGGAAGCUACCAAAGAGGCUUGACCCUUCAUUUGAUUCCAGCUCCUUGCUUUACGUGGUCCAGCAGCAGCCUCUGGGCUCCAUCCAGUGGUCUGUUGUGGCUUCCAACUUGAAGGAGACAAAUCACACCAUCACCUCCCUGUCCAAGGGAGUCCGUUAUGCUUUCAGAGUGUUGACAUCGACCGGGAAGACGUUGAGUAAACCGUCACCCUCCACUGAUCUGGUCCAGUUGCUGGACAGAGGACCAUAUUUAAAGAAAGCCCCAGUUAUUUUGGACAAACCUGACAUUGUUUACUUGGUGGAAAACCAGCCAGCAAACAUCACCAUCACCUUGAACCAUGUGCAUGCAGCCAUCACCUGGAAAAAGAGAGGGGUGGUGUUGGUCAGCAAACCAGGAACCUAUGAGAUGAGCAUGCCAGACGACGAUCAGCACACCCUGCGGCUCCAGCGGGUCAAGAGCACUGACGUUGGUCAGCUGGUGGUCACGGCAAGCAACCAGUUUGGCAGUGACCUCUGCACACUUCAGCUGACCAUGGCAGUUGCACCAAAAUUUGAAAGCAUCAUGGAGGAUGUGGAUGUGCAGGUUGGGCAAACAACUUGUCUGGCUGUUGUGGUUGAAGGAAAACCGGAUCCGGACAUUUUGUGGUUUAAGGAUGAAGUCCUUCUCUCUGAGAGCAGUCACUUCACCUUCGUGUACGACGACCCGGAAUACUCCCUCGUGGUCCUGAACGCUCAGCCCAAACACUCUGGAGUGUACACUUGCACCGGGAAGAACGUGGCAGGUUCCAUCUCCUGCAAGGCUGAGCUCACCAUCCACACAGGUAAAAAAAAAUAA